UACUAAAAAAAAAAAAAAAAAAAAGAUAGCGAAAUGGUUCCGUAGAACCUGACCAUCUGCAUUCGAGCGCCGAACGGUGGAAGAAAACAAACUCCCACAGGUUGUUUUCUAACUUCCAAACAUGCUAGUUGGCUCGCUCUCUCGCACUCGCACGGGGCAUUGUGGUAAACGCCUGUACUUUAAGCAUUAGGAAGGGAUUUAAGGUGAGACCCUGUCUGAAACUCACAUCUCAAGCCCUCCGCUCCCUGACACGACCCGCGGCUAGCUCAGACCCGCACAGACCAGGGAACUUCAGGCUUCCCGAAAAUGCAAGUUAACGGAAGAACUGCAGCCUUCACGGCGCUAUCUUCAGCCAGCCAGGAGCUGCUCAUCCGGAGACUCAGUUUCCCCAGCUGCGUUGCUUAGAGACCAGCCAACCUCAGUACCGCAGAAUUCCCCGGAAGCGGAGGGCACCACUGACGCGACUGCGCACAGGCAGAAAGGGCCUCCCACGCCGCAACGCUAUUGGCUGCGCUCGGCACCAGUGGCUAUAGUGGCGGAAGUCGGCCCCGCCCCUUCCUCUUUCUCUCGAACCGGGCGGCCUCAUCCGCGAACAGCGCAGCAAUGGCCAAGAUUAAGGCUCGGGACCUGCGCGGCAAGAAGAAGGAGGAGCUGUUGAAACAACUGGAUGAUCUGAAGGUGGAACUGUCCCAGCUUCGCGUGGCCAAAGUGACAGGCGGCGCCGCGUCCAAGCUCUCCAAGAUACGAGUCGUACGCAAAUCCAUCGCCCGUGUCCUCACUGUCAUUAAUCAGACUCAAAAGGAAAACCUCAGGAAAUUCUACAAGGUGAGCACUGGGAGACUGGGCCCUCUGGCUGAGUUUGCACAGUUACCAGCUUUCCGGACUGACAUGGAUUCUUGGUGUCAGAGGGUCAGAAGGGAGGGUGGACUGGGCGCUAGCUUUGGGCUCAGCUGUGUGGUAGAUGAAACUGGGACCCUAGCCUGAGGUGAAGCUAGCUGUUUAGUGUGUCUCACUGUCUCAGUAUGUCUGUCUCACAGCCAAGCACCUUCUGUUCCAAGACUUGGAGGUUGGGUUACCCAUGGACACCUACAGUUGGUAGACAGGGACCCCCCCCCCCCAAGUUUCUCUUCAGAACCGUAUCGUGAGGACAUUAAGAGUAUUGCUGGGUGGUUGCAAGAUGUUUGUCAUAACUGUUAGUGCUUUCAGAUUAACGUGUUUUUACUAGGAAUCGACUCCUGUAGUUAGCUAGUCUCCAGAAGGAUUGGGGUGGGGAGCCAUGUCAUUUUAAGAUAAUCCCACUUAAUUGAAGCCAUCUGGUGGUGUCUUGAAUUACAUCUCUGCAAAUUUUACCUAAUGUUGGGGUUUGGCAUGUCAGAAAGUUGUCUGUCUGUGGUGUGACUCAACCGCCCAGGAGGGACAUUUUGGAUUAGACACGUCUGAAGUACAGUUUCUUAAUUUCGGAGAUGCUAGAGCCAAGAUACCUAUCACUCGGUACUGAUGUGUGGGGACCUUACCUCACCCCUGAGCAGUGGAACUUACCUUGAACUUUUUUGUGCUUCAUUGCUAGUGCUGACACAUGUGGCUUUUCAGCAGUGUGUCUGUGUGUCUGUCCGGAGACAUCAGUGUGUAAACCUGCACUGAACUACCUCCAGUCCACAAAGAACCAGGGUGGGCUCUGGGUUUUUGCUUGCUUUUACACCAGGUAAUCUAGAACUCACAGAGGCCCCUCUGCCUGCCUCUCUAGCUGCUGGAGUUAAAGGCACCGUGCUGUGUGGACACUUAGACUUGAUCUUUGCCAUCUGUUCACACUGUUGGAGAAUGAACAGGACAUAGGUGUGUUUGGCUGCUCUGUGGAGAGAACUCUAAGUGGAUAAGUGACGUUGACAUGACUGAAAGCCUGCCUGGUGUGGCUCCUCACCUUAUCCUGUAGAGCUUUCUAGGGUCCUCUGUCCACCUGCAGGAGCUUGGUGCAUGGGGAUGUGAACCCAUUGUGCCUGCCCCUUUGCAGGCAGGAGUAGGCACUCCUAGGAAGCCCAGUUACACAUUUUCAGCAGGCCGCUGAGCUUGUUUUGGAGGCUGCUGCCUCUUGAAAUUCUUGGUAGCGCUGCUUCUCCUUAUCAUGUAAGGAUCUGACCCACAGGACCUGGUCCCUGAGGGAACUAAGGGACUGUCUUGCUUAGAACACCCGGGAAGGGCUAGGAGAUAGAGGAAAGUGAGAGCUCCCUUAACAGCUCAGGGUGACUUUGACCAAGCCUUCUGUGGUCGGUGUUACCUAGAGCAUUGAUGAGCCAUGCCUGGUGGGUCAGCCAGGCAGUAGCUACACAGAGCCUGUGUGUGUGGAGUGCCCUUUCCAUUGUGCUGUGACUUUCUACUUAGUCACUAGGUGAUGCAUAGGAAAACUGAAGCCUAGCCCCCUCUUGGCCCUUGUAGUCUUGAAAUUGGGGAGCUUGGUGUGCAAAUUUUAGGCCUACCACCCUCUGGUACUUUACUGACAGCCCCCAGCUGUCUCAGUGCCCUGCCAUUUGCUCAGAGAAGUCCAACUUUGUGUCCUGUGUGCUCACCUGCUUCCACAUCUUCCCAGGAGCCCCCAGUGCUCAGGCUCACCCUGUCAUUUCUGUCCCAGGGAAAGAAGUACAAGCCCCUGGACCUGCGACCCAAGAAGACAAGAGCCAUGCGCCGCCGGCUCACCAAGCAUGAAGAGAAGCUGAAGACCAAGAAGCAGCAGCGGAAGGAGCGGCUGUACCCACUGCGCAAGUACGCAGUCAAGGCCUGAGACGACGACAAUAACAAUAAAGUCCAAAACUGACGA